GAAAUUUAGAGAAUCUAAAAGACAUUGAAAACAGUUCAAAUUAUCACUUUGUUCAAGCCGAUAUUAUUGAUGGAGGAGCUAUUCAGACACUUUUUAUCGAAGAACAGUUUGAUGCUGUUAUUCAUUUGGCAGCAGAGUCCCAUGUAGAUAGAAGUAUCACUAACCCUUUAGAAUUUGUGAUGACCAAUGUUAUCGGGACGACAAAUUUACUAAAUGCUGCAAAAGACAUCUGGAAAGACAAACAAAAUGUGUUGUUUUAUCAUGUAAGUACGGAUGAGGUUUAUGGUGCAUUGGGAGAUAUAGGAAAAUUUACUGAGGAAACACCUUAUAGCCCCAAUUCACCUUAUUCAGCGUCUAAAGCAAGUAGUGAUCACUUGGUUCGGGCAUAUCAUGAAACAUACAAAUUGCCUGUAAAAAUAUCAAAUUGCUCAAACAAUUACGGAUCUCAUCAUUUUCCUGAAAAAUUAAUCCCUUUGUUUAUCAAUAACAUUAAGCAUAAAAAAGCAUUACCCCUUUAUGGCAAAGGAGAAAAUGUUAGAGAUUGGCUUUUUGUAGAAGAUCAUGCCAGGGCUAUUGAUAUUAUUUUUCAUUAUGGAAAAGUAGGAGAUACCUAUACUAUUGGGGGUAAUAAUGAGUGGAAAAACGUAGAUUUAGUCAAGUUACUAUGUAGGAUUAUGGAUAAAAAAUUACAUAGAGUUGUAGGCGAAUCAGAACAAUUAAUUCAUUAUGUUUCUGAUAGGGCGGGUCAUGAUUUUAGAUAUGCUAUCGAUGCUUCCAAGUUAAUGAUUGAGUUAGGGUGGCAACCAUCCGUUACUUUUGAACAAGGUUUGGAGAAAACAGUAGAUUGGUAUUUGGAAAACCAAGAAUG